AGUGCUGAUAUUUUAACAAAUGAAAGGUGCACAAGGUAAUAGUUGAAGGAGUAUCAGUAACUGGUUUAAGCAACGUUUUAAAUUUCACAAAUAAUCUCUCGUUUUUAGCUUUAGUUGAAGCUGAGCAAUGUUAAUGACAUAAUUUCAAAGUCUUUUUACGCAUCUUUACGUUGAGUGUCUGCUAUUCUGGAGGGUAUAUUAUAUGGGUGACAUUCACAGAUAUUUAAUGGCAAUAAUACUGCAUUAGCUGCUGUCAUGUAACAGAUGUCUUGAAUUUACUUCCUGAACUUUAUUUCAUGCUCGUAUCCCAAGAUCUGAACUCCUUACUGAACGCUUGGUGCUUUUAUUCUUCUCAGAUCACGGCCAGUUCAGCACCACCAUUCCUAUGUUGUACUCUUACUUUCUUGUCACGUAUGCCGUUACAUUUCCUCACACGCUUCUCCAUUUGACAUUGUCCUUUGUCUUUCCGUCAAAACGAACUAUUCUUCAAAGUAGCUUUGGCUUGUAAUUAUUGCUGUUAAAGUGUGCCAGCUUCCCUUAUGCGCAAAGAGUCGCUGUUCUUCAGGAAAAGGUGUUGGGAAAUUCAGAUCCGCUUGUCGUCAGGACAGAAUCACAUGAAGACGACAUCACAGUCUUUGUCUGCAGAACGGUUCACUCCUUCUGUCAGCGACCUUCAGUGACAUAUUUUUUUUUUCCUUUUUGUGGGAUUUUCUCUUCGUAUUCUGUGGCCUAAUGUGCAUGUGAUUAUAUGGUGCUGAGUGCUGACAAAGAACGAAGCGAAAAUGAGAAGCCAGGCUCUGUUAAGGUACGUCUCGGUUUUCUUCAUGCUGUCUGCUGUCUUUAAAACCGCGCCUGCCGUAACACAUUACUCUAUCCCGGAGGAAAUGCAAGAAGGAUCCGUGGUCGCCAAUUUGGCCGCUGAUUUAGGGCUGGAUGUGAAAACGCUGAGUAAGCGGAAAAUGCGUUUGGAUACCAUCGCUACAAAGAAAUACUUGGAUAUUAACAAAGAAACCGGUGAGCUGUAUAUUUUACAGAAGAUAGACAGAGAAUAUCUUUGUAUUUCCAGAAUGACAUGUUUUCUAAAACUAGAUGCAACGAUUGAAAAUCCAGUUAGGAUGUUCAACAUUGAGAUAGAAAUAUUAGAUAUCAACGAUAACGCUCCAUAUUUUAGGAGAGACACAAUGCACUUGGAUAUAUCCGAAUCAACGCCGGCGGGAGAAAGAUUCUCUUUGAACAAUGCACUGGACCCAGAUAUAGGAAGUAAUUCAGUAAAUACGUAUUACCUAAGUGAAAGUGUUAACUUUGCCGUUGAAAUACAGACCGGUAGAGACGGCUCUAAGUUUGCUGAUUUGAUUCUGAAAAAGGCUUUAGACAGAGAAGAACAGGCUGUUCAUAAUUUAAUACUGACUGCUGUAGAUGGCGGAGUCCCCGCGCGCUCGGGCACAGCCAGCAUCAUUGUGCGCGUUCUGGAUACGAACGACAACUCACCUCAGUUUGAAAAAGAAAGUUACACAAUUAACUUAACAGAAAACUCACCGAUUGGAAGCCUUGUAGUCAAAUUAAACGCGACAGACGCAGAUGAGGGGUCAAAUUCUGAAAUAAUUUACUCGUUUAGUCUUUAUACUUCUGAAAAAACUCAAGAGACAUUCAGUUUAAAUCCAAGCAAUGGGGAGAUUAGAGUUAAAGAGAUGAUUAAUUAUGAAGAUUUUAAGAUAUAUAACAUGGAAAUCAUAGCAACAGACAAAGGAACCAAUUCAUUAUCUGGGCAGUGUAAGCUAACAAUUAUCAUAACAGAUAUGAAUGACAAUCAUCCGGAAAUUUCCAUAAAGUCUUUUACUAGCCCAGUUAAGGAGGAUAUAGCUGUAGGUACAGUGAUAGCAGUGGUUAGUGUGAGUGAUAAAGACUCAGGAGAAAACGGUCAAAUCGACAUUGAUAUUUCUGAUGAAUUGCCUUUUACGCUUAAAGAAUCAUCUGAUAAUUAUUAUGAGCUCGUGGUUUCAGAACCGUUAGACCGCGAAAAGGUUCCAGAGUAUGACAUCACAUUCACCGUCACAGACAGAGGAAAGCCUCCGUUAUCAGAUAAUGAAACUAUGACAUUAGAGCUGCUGGACAUUAACGACAACGUUCCUCAGUUUCCACAGUCAUUCUACACCAUACAGGUUGUAGAAAAUAACGCACCAGGAGCUUUAUUGAGCUCCCUCACCGCACACGACCCGGACCUCCAUGAAAAUCAGUAUCUAGUGUAUUUCAUAAUCGAAAAGGAAAUAGCGAACACCUCCAUGUCCAUGCUGUUCUCCAUCAAUCCAGAGAACGGGAACCUUUACGCACUGAAGACGUUUGAUUAUGAGAUAGAGAAGGAGUUCCUUUUCCACAUCGAGGCCAGAGACUCUGGCGUUCCUCCGCUCAGCAGCAACGUGACCGUUCACAUCAUUAUAAUGGACCAGAACGACAACACACCGCUUAUAGUGUCUCCCUGGCGCGCGCACGGCUCGGUGGUGGAAGAAAAAAUCCCGAGAUCCACCGAUAAAGGAACUCUGAUAGCCAAAGUAAUCGCUAUUGACACGGACUCGGUGCACAACUCUCGCAUCACCUACCAGUUUCUCCAAAACACCGAUGCUACAUUGUUCAGCUUGGACCAGUACAACGGAGAGAUCCGGACCAUGAGGAUGUUCAGCUACAGAGACUCGCGUCACCAACGGCUGGUGGUGAUCGCCAAGGACAACGGAGAGCCAUCGCUCUCUGCUACAGUCACCAUCAAACUGUCCACGGUGGAGACGGCGCUCAAAACCUAUGCUGACUUGACUGAAGUGCCUUUAGAGUACGACAUCUUUUCAGACCUGAACCUGUAUCUGGUGAUCGGCCUGGGCUCGGUGUCAUUUCUCUUACUGAUCACCAUUUUGGUGACCAUCGUGCUGAAGUGUCAGAAAGCGAAGCCGAGCAAAGCAGCUCCUCCCUGCAGGAACAGUGUGAUCAGUGAGAGGAACUCCACCAUCGCCGAUUCCACGCUGGUGUCCAACGAUGCCUACUGGUACAGUUUGUUUCUAGCAGAGACGAGGAAAGGGAAGCUGGUAGUGAGGCAGCCUGUGCCAAAGGGGGCGAGAUACAUCGUGUCCAGUAUUCCCAGGAGUACAGGCCUGACCGAGACUAGUGACUCAGCUGCCUCCACUUUACAGGUAAGAAAAACAUAG